AUGGCUCCUGCAAAGAAGGGCGGCGAGAAGGGCCAGUCCACCAUCAACGAGGUGGUGACAAGAGAAUACACCAUCAACACUCACAAGCGCAUCCAUGGAGUGGGUUUCAAGAAGCGUGCCCCUAGGGCACUCAAAGAAAUCCGGAAGUUUGCCAUGAAGGAUAUGGGAACCCUGGACGUGCGCAUCGACACCAGGCUCAACAAAGCCGUCUGGGCCAAAGGAAUCAGGAAUGUCCCACACCGGAUCCGUGUGCGGUUGUCCAGAAAGUGUAAUGAAGAUGAAGACUCGCCAAAGAAGCUCUACAUUUUGGGUACCUAUGUGCCCGUCACCACCUUCAAAAAUCUACAGACAGUCAAUGUGGACGAGAACUAACUGCUGAUGGUCCAAUGAAGUUAUCGAACUG